CAAACCUAAAAACUCUCCUUUCGUCGACUCAUUUACUUAAAUAUACAAUUUUGCAUUCGAUCAAUUUCUCUCGUGCCAACUAAUAAUAGAUUGUGUUUUGAUUAUUUUGCAGUGACCAUCGGAUAUGGGUCGGGUUAAAUUGGAGUUAAAGCGUAUAGAGAAGAGCACGAACCGACAAAUUACGUUCUCAAAACGUAAAAAAGGUUUAAUAAAAAAGGCUUAUGAAUUGUCAACACUUUGUGACAUCGAUCUUGCCCUCCUCAUGUUCUCUCCCUCUGAUCGACUAUGUCUCUUUUCCGGUCAAACAAGGAUCGAGGACGUUUUGGCGAGGUACAUCAAUCUUCCUGAUCAAGAAAGAGAAAACGCCAUAGUUUUCCCUGAUCAGAGCAAGCGCCAAGGUAUCCAAAACAAAGAGUAUUUGUUAAGGACUUUGGAAAAACUCAAAAUUGAGGAUGACAUGGCUCUCCAAAUCAACGAACCUCGUCCAGAAGCCACCAACUCCAAUGUCGAGGAACUUGAGCAAGAAGUUUGUAGAUUACAACAACAGCUUCAGAUAUCAGAGGAAGAACUCAGGAAAUUCGAACCAGAUCCAAUGAGGCUAACAUCAAUGGAGGAGAUUGAAGCAUGUGAAGCUAACCUCAUCAAUACGUUGACACGUGUCGUCCAGAGAAGGGAACAUUUGUUGAGAAAGUCCUGCGAAGCACAAAGUAACCAACAAAGCAUGGACGGGAUCCUUCUAAAUGACAUCGUCGAGGAUUGGGGACCUGAGCCCGAGCCCAAACAAGCCCAUAUGAUAGCUAAUUCGGCCCAUCAUUCAAAUCAGCCAAGCUAUGAUUUACUCUUACGCAGGAGUAAUUCGAGUUCGAACCAAAAUCCAAAAUGAUAUUAGGUGAAUCGCAAGGCGUCGUCGAGCCCUGAUGGCAAGAGAAUGCAUGUUAUAAGACAAAAAUAAACGAGAUAUCUCACAAAUGGAUUGUGCAGUUUGUAACUCAAGUCUUAAGAGGUAAUUGAAAUGAAAAGAAAUCAGAAUAUGAGUUGCUAUGAGCCUAUGAUAUUACAUUGGCUCAAAAAUGUUAUAGCAAUGGAGGAAAAGAAAAAGAAAAAGUACAAGAUAACCUGUAAAACAAGGUGUCCACAUAACGUU